AGAAAAUAAUUUAUGUGCAUACUGUUUUAUCUAGACUUUUUUUUUACACAAGCACUGGAUAAACUAUCAUAAUUAGUUUUUGCAAGACAGCCAGUGGUUACCACUGAGAAUAAUGUUAACCAGGGGCGGACUGACCAUUUGGAAACUCAGGCACUGCCCGAGGGCCCGGGAUGCCCCUGGUACCUUUUUCAUAGGCUUUUUUGAGUUGGGCAAGGACACAGGGGCCCCAUGAUCCCCUAUUGCCCGAGGG